AUGGGUCCAAUCAAACCCCGCCUCUCUUCCCCACUGCGAACAAAAUCCAAUUCUAGAAUCACUGUUCACUACCAAGAAUUUAACAUGGCCCUGAACUCCCGUAGUAAUAAGUCUGCUUCUGGCACAGACGGCAUUGACUACUCUGCCCUAAAGAAACUUCCCCAAAAAUAUAAGCUGCUGCUCGUGGACAUAUACAAUGAUCCAUACACAGCAGCUGAAUACCCCCCAACCUGGACCACCCAAUAUCUCCACUUCAUACCUAAGCCAGGAGGAAAUGCAGUGAGGCCCAUAGCUCUCUGGUCUUGUCUGUGUAAACUGUUUGAGACAAUGUUGCAGAAUCGGCUCCAGUGGUGGGUGGAGCAUAAAAACCUCCUCCCAAACUCCCAAAAUGGUUUUCGCAAAGGCAAAUCUUGCCAUGAUAACUUGUCUAACUUUUUACUUCAUAUCGACUCCAAUCUCUCCAAGAAGCAGGAAACCUUAGCGGCGUUCCUAGAUGUGAAAUCAGCCUUUGACGAGGUAAAUCUCCAAAUCCUCCUCAAGAAAUUAGCAGCAAUCGGGUGCCCCUCACCUACAGUCAGAUUUAUUAAGUUCCUAACCCAUGAAAGGCAAAUCACAUCCUUAUAUAAUGAAGGCCCUAGGUAUGUCUACAGGGGGGUACCACAGGGAGGGGUCCACUCCCCCUUAUUAUAUAUCAUCUACGUCUCCUCGGUUGUCGAAAAUCUCCCAGCCGAAGUCGUGGUCUCUCAAUUCGCUGAUGAUGUCGCAAUAUACACAAGCCAACCAACCGUAGCGUCUAUGGAAUCAACCUUAGAGGAAACAGCAAGAGUAAUAGACACCAACCUCAGCGAGAUUGGACUUUCAUUGUCUCCAAUGAAAACGCAACUCGUGCAUUUCCAUCAAAGGAAAAAACCGCCCACACGCUCAAGGAUAAAAAUCAAUGACCACCUAAUCCGCUGCUCUCCAGAGGCAAAAUUUCUAGGAGUCAUAUUCGACCAGAGAUUAUCAUUUAAGCCCCAGCUUGCAAAAACCUUACGAUCCUCACUCAAAUCCCUUAACAUCAUAAAAUUCCUCAGAGGCACAUGGUGGGGUGCUCAUCCAGAUACCCUACUAAAAAUCUAUAAAUCCUUUGUUCGUUCAAUCAUCGAUUACAGUUCAUUCAUCUCAUCCCCAAUCUCUAAACUAGACACCAAUAAGCUUGAACGACUUCAGUACGCUGCGAUUCGGUAUUGUCUAGGAUACAGAGUAUCUACUCCCACUAAUGUCCUACUAGCGGAGAGUAAACUUCCACUCAUUGAAAAACGCUCAAUUUUUCUCUGCAAGAAUUUUUUUAUCCAAGCUCUGUCCAACCGCAAUUCACAGGUCUCGUCGACCAUUCACGCCAUGAUUGAGAAUGACGAAUUUAUACCAAAUGACAAAGAACGUAUGAUUAAAAAGUGCAUACGAGAGUUAAUCCCGAUGAUCCAAGAGUUGUGCAUGGAAGAUCAUUUCAACAUGCACCUGUACGAGUACAGGACAAUCGUUGCUAGUUCUGCUAUUGAGGACGAGCCAACAGAAACCUCCCCAGAAAUAGAUCGUAGGCAACGAAAUGCCAUCAAAAUUUUCACUGACGGUAGCAAAAAACCAAACGGGAAUUCUGUGGGCUCGGCCUGUUUCUCACCGCGUCUCAAGUUGGCGAGAUCUCUCAGCAUCAAUCCCCGGGCAUCGGUGUUUACCGCUGAAUGUCUGGCGAUUGAUGAGGCCAUAAAAAUCGCUGUCAACUCACCCAACUAUGAUUAUAUCAUUAUAACGGACUCCCUCAGUGCCCUCACUUCGUUAUCACGACCAACCCAUAACAUCAGAGACAAUAAAAUCAUAAAAUUUGAGUGGGUUCCCUCGCAUACGGGAAUUGAGGGUAACGAGGAAGCCGACCGACUGGCCAGAGAGGCCACGGAUUUACUCCCUAACUUCAGACUCCCAGUACCGUUUACCGACUUUAGGGAAUAUAUGAAGAAAGAGUCUCUAGAAUCUACCCUAGAAAUUUGUAUAGAGGAAGGGAGAAACGACAACGCCAGAGGUAAAGGCAAAACAUUUUUCAAGGAAUUCUACAGAGAUAGCAGAAAACCCUGGUUCCACAACAAGGAAUAUCCGCGGUCCACGAUAGCAUGGGUCAAUAGAGCCAGGGCCAACCACUAUCACCUUGCAGCCUCCUUGAAAAGAAAAAAUUUGAUAAAUUCAGCUGAAUGUGAGUGUGGUUGCCCUGACGAGGACCUUGACCACGUUCUCUGGGACUGUCCUAGACACGAUGCUCCCAGGUGUAGAAUGUACUGUUCAUUGGUGAAGAACCAACUCUGGCCUCCGUAUAGCAGCAAAAAAAUUCUAAAAGAGUUAGACCCUAAGUGCAUGGAAAUAAUAUCGACCUUUCUCCAUGAAAGCAAUCUGAGAGUACAUAAAAAACGCCCCCAACUCAACGACAAGUGGUCGAUUAAUUUCGGACAUUUUCAGGGUUCAUCGGGUCACGGGUCAUCCGCUUCGGUAACGAACGUGGGACCCCCCCCCCAAGUCAGCCAUGCACCGUACAUACAACGUGUCAGUCAACGUGACAAAUUAAACGCGAAGUUUUUAUAUCGUAGUGUUUUCGUGCCUUUAUCUCACCCGCACGACACCAAUUCCAAUUUCCCAACGCCCGACCACCCAGAAAUCACGUUCCUCAACAAACACUAUCUUAUGUGA